GCCCCGGCCCCGCCCCCCGCUGCUCGCAGACUGCUGAGCUCCCAGUCCCGGCUUCCUGUGUGAGGUGAGCGGUGCCGGGAGAUGAGCGAGAGGUGACGGGACCGGGACAACACUGCCUGCGGCGGAGACACCCCUCGUGAUGCCCUCCCCCGCCCUCUGACCGCACUGCCGUCAUGUCGGCCACCGAUACUCUGCCACCCCCCAUUCCCCUCUCCCAGAAGCCUGUACGUAUUGUAAAAGCUCGACCUCCAAACCGGCCUCCGCCUCACCUGCCUCCGAAGCCUCCUCAGAAGCCUCCUCCCUGCCCCCAGCAUGCUCCUGUGCCGCCAGCGUCCCAGCCUGAUCACCCCGAAGCUGCUGCCGAGCUCGCAACGUCCGGGGUGUGUGUGAAGAAGAUCGCGGGGCUCUUCCAGAAGGACCCCGGAGGGGACGGCAACGAUGACCCUCAUCCCAGACUUCCUCCGAAAUCCAAGGAGGAAAAGGUGGCGUCGGCGAUCACGGAGGAGCCACAGGACGCUGGGCCGAAGUCAGAAGUGGAGAAGGACCAGGAGCAGAGCUGUCCGCCCCCUCUACCUCCGAAACUUUUUCAAGACCCAGAUGAGCAUCUGUCUAAGAUGGCAUCCUGUCUGCCCCGACCGGCCUGCCCUUCCAGAUGCUGCUGUGCCUGCCACCAACAAAGACCAGGGAUGGUGUUAGUGUGGCUCCCAGAGUCUUCGGUGGUGUCUCCUGUCAUUCAAGGGAAUGAAGCUUCAGACUCUUCUGAUGACAGCGGCGUCUUUCAGAGAGUCUUAUCCUUGAACGAAGAUGAGGAAGAGGAGGGUGGGAAAUGGGGUUCUUGGCACCUGAAAGACAAAAUGAAUGUUGGAACCUGUUACCCAGUGAGACGAAGGUCGUUGAAGUACGUAGAGCGGUCCCAGCAGGACUCUACCGAUGGUCUUAGUAAUGAGAGUGUGAGGAACAGCGUGGUUCUAACUUCAUACAAAUCGACAGGUGAGAACAGUUUUAACGGUAACUUGCCAAGUUCGACCUGUGAAGAAGCUAAGGCCCAAAAGUCUGGGAGGACUAAUAAUGUGCCAGAGAUUCCAAAACAUGGCCCACCCACCCAUAGGAAAUUAAAAGCCACUGCAAAUCUAGACGUUGACCAUUUAGAGAGUCGAAUAGCUUGUCCUGCCCACGACUCUGAAGCCUCACUGCCAAAAAGUUCUAAACUGAAGAACAUCUCAUUCUCUGAUGAAGUCUUAUCUAUGACGGACAAGGUGGCCGGUGACUCAAUAGACUCUGUUCAGCCAAAUGAAGGUUCAAACUCUGAUCUGGCGACACUAGGAGGUGCUGGAGAGACACGCUGUAAGAUCAGGAAGCCUGCCCGCAGGAGCAAAGUGCCACCUCUAUCCUUGUCUGAUGCUUCAGACCCUCCACCACCUACUCUACCUCCUAAAGUGCCCAGCAAGCCCCCUAGAGGAGCAGCUCCCCCGCCACCUCCUGCUCCACCUCCAUUUUUGAGAAAGGGGUCUUUGAAAAGAUAUUCACUGGGUAACACAGAGGAAACGACCAACAAAGACAAGAAGGUGACCUCAAAUAGUCUUCCGGUUGAGGCUGUAUACAAGGGGAAUGACCCCGGGACAUCACAGGAGAAUGCAGACGACUCGUUGGAUUUUGCUCCGGACGGUGUGGUCUCCAGGACCCCGACGGUAAAGAGCCCAAAGUCCAUAGAUUGGGAGUCGCACCUGCGGGACGAGCCGCUGUACCAGACCUACCGCCAGACUGUGAUCAACAAGGAGAUCCGGAGACAGACUGUCGCCCGCAACUGCAGCUUCACCAGCUACGACUCCUCACAGGAGAGUCCGCUGUCUGCCGGGGGCUCCCCGAAACAAGGGCGCCGGUCAGCGGCCCCCCACAACACCCUGUGGCAGGAGUUACCCUCUGUGAUAGAGAGCGGCGUCCUGGAGGGUAUGAGCAACGACCAGAAGAAAAUGCAGGAGAGCAUGUUUGAGGUCCUGACCUCUGAAGCCUCAUACCUCCGCUCUCUGAAUGUGCUGACGGAACACUUCCUGGGGUCCCGGGACGUCCAGGAAACACUGGUGAUCAGGGAGAAGAAAAUUCUGUUCUCCAACGUCCUCAAGGUGAAAGAAGUCAGCGAGAGAUUCCUCAUGGACUUGGAGGCCCGAGUGGAUGAAGAUGUCAUUAUCUCGGAUGUUUGUGACCUCAUCUAUCAGCACUCUGUACAUCACUUCACUGUGUAUGUAGACUAUGUCCGGAACCAGGUCUACCAGGAGAAGACGUACAGUGAGCUCAUGGAGAAGAAUCCCCAGUUCCACGCCGUGGUGUGCCGGUUACAGGAGUUGCCCCAGUGCCAGCGAUUGCCCUUCAUGUCCUUUCUGCUGCUGCCAUUUCAGAGGAUCACACGCAUCAAGAUGCUGAUAGAGAACAUAUUAAAACGGACGGAGGAGGGGUCCGAAGGGGAGAAAACCGCCAGCAAAGCCUUGGACUCUGUUUCUAAGAUCAUCCAGGAGUGUAACCGCGAGGUCGGCCGAAUGAAGCAGACGGAGGAGCUCAUCCACAUUUCCUCCAAGAUUGAGUUUGAUAAGAUAAAGGCUAUCCCCAUCAUAUCUCAUAACCGCUUUCUGGAGAAGCAGGGCGAGCUCAGCGAGGUGCAGCAGAAGGGAAGUCUCUUCGGGAUCAAACCCACCAAGGUCACCCCCGUCUACUUUUUGCUGUUUAAUGACUUCCUGCUUAUAACCCAGAAGAAAAGCUCUGACAGACACGUUGUCCUGGAUUAUGCCCACCGCUCCCUGGUCCAGCUCCAGUCCUGCCCAACAAUGGAGAACUGCUUCUUCCUCACCCUCUUGGAGAAUCACCAGAGGAAGACAUGUGACCGCCUGUUUAAAGCUCCCACACAGUCUGACCUCCAUCGUUGGGUGGCUGCGUUCCCCAGUAAGGACAAUGACUCCUCUCUCGGCAGUGAAACGAUUUAUGAGGAUUGGGAUUGCCCCCAGGUCCACUGCAUUGAGCAGUACACCGCCACUCAGGCUGACGAGCUGACCCUGGAGCCUGCCGACAUAAUCAAUGUCCUGCGCAAGACGUCUGAAGGCUGGUAUGAGGGUAUUCGGCUCUCGGACGGGAAGAAGGGCUGGUUUCCCUCCCGCUACGUCCAGGAGAUCACCAAUGAGCACGUCAGGAGGAGGAACCUCCGAGAACGCUACCGGGUCCUUCAGGCAGCGCGGCAGCUAGUGACCCGCCCGGGCACCACCUGAACAGAACCCAACCUCCGUCUGAGUUUUCAGGAACGUAAAGUUGAGAUUGUAACUGAAGAUUCAGAGACUGCGGUGAAGACCAGGUCGGGCUCAUGGUGCAUUUUCAUCUUUGGUUGAUUUCGGAGAUGAUUUUCUCUCCAUUGAUCUUGGAACGACAUCCAUCUUGCUGCUACUUUCCACAUUAACUGGACAACUAAGUCAAGUAAAGGACCAAUUCUGAGUCCAGCCCCAAGAGUAAUGCUCGUAACGGGGUAUGUUCUGGAAAUCCCACCAUAGCCCAGCGUCAUGUCUGACCAGAACUGGCUCCUGGACUGGUUUUACAGUGGGCGGUCUUCUGCUUGUAGACCAGAUCCCUCUGCGUCUAGUGACUUUAUCAACGUCACUGCCAAAAACCCUCCUAUGUGAUUGUGCGGUCACUAAUGUCUGCUGAAAAGUGUCUCCAUCUUCAGCCCUGGAGCUUGUGCUCAUAAUGAGCCUCUGUAUAUGAAUGAGAGUAGUAGUCCCUCGUAGGCCAAUGGUUUCUUUACCAAAUUGAAGCCAAAAUGACCCCAGAAAGGACCAACUCCAGGACAUGAACUUGCUGAAUAGUUGCACUUUUUGGGUGUUUUGCUCAGAAGACAUCCCACCUCAGUCCAGUGUUUUGCUUGUCAUUCCUCAGAUCUGAAGAUUUUCUGUGUCUUCUCAUGGCAUAAAUGGCUCUUGACAUUGGGUGUCUCGUGGUCGUCCUUCUUAUCUUCAUUGAGUCAUCUUGUACCUUCAAGAUACUGUGUAAAAGCACCAUGAAGAACUCUACAGCAAAGCACAAGUUCCACGAAGAAGGAGGCAAGUUCCUCGCUAGGACUGAUUGCCUGUGAUGUGUCUCCUGUAGGUUUGGUAUGUUGUCAUGGUCUCUGUGUGUUUGAUGAGGUUCCAGGAUAUCAUGGUAACUUCCGGAGUCUCCUUGAAUAGUGGAACUUGAGUGGUUUGUAGGAUGGGACAAGUCUCAUGCACUGCCAGUAAACCCUCUGUUUCUAAGGGUAGGACCUCCAACGUGUUCCCAAAUCUUUGUUGAGGUCAAUGAGACGGGAAUCGUUGUGGACAUGUCGGUAUAAAUUAGAAGAAGACUUUUGACCUCGUAGACUUUCCGUUUGAUCUUCUACUGCCUGGAGUCCAAGGAAGGAAAUGCUGCAGACAGUAUCCACCUCAGGAGAACAUUACUGCCGCCAUCUUUUAGGGGACGGCGAAGGGUUUUAUUUCUCUGCUGGUUGGGUCAGGAGUCCAUUGUUUUAUGUGUACAGGGAAGGAUUGUUCAUGUCUUGUAAAUUGUGACCACCAAAAACCUGUAAUGUCAUUUGAAGUCACGUGGAGUAAAACUUUUCUA